AUGUAUAGAAAUUAUGAUCCAACUGCCUCGCCUGCACUCUCACAUUAAUCAUAAGAUGGAUAUGAAUAAAAAAUUAAAUAACUACUUAGAGCUAAUGAUAAACUUGUAAUGAAUCAAUUCAUUAUUAGAAUGCUGUUGUUAGAGAAUCACUUGCUGAAAAUGAAUAGCUCAAGGGAAAUAUAGAUGUGCUUUAUAAAGAAAAUAAGGAUCUUAACUAACUUAAUAUUGAAUUAUGUGAUUAACUUGAAAGAAUAAAAAGAAAUACAAGACAACAUUCAAUGCAUGAUAAAAACAUAAAUGAUUAUGAAUAAGAAAUUACUUAACUCAAAUUAUUAUUAUAAGAAAAACAAAAAGAAGUUAACUCUUUUAAAAUUAGAUAUAAUGAAGACUUAUAAAUAAAAUUAGAUAUUGUAGAUAAAAGUAAUAAUGUAAAUUAUCAAAUUAAAUAUUUUAGACUAAUAAAUUGAAAUAAUUAGAAGAAUAGAACUAAUAAUUGAUAUAAGAAUUGGAUUUGAUAACCAAAAGACUUUUAGAAAGAGAUAAUUCUUAAGGAACAGUUGAUUAUGAAGAAUUAUUAAGAGAAAGAGAUUAAGAAAUUGAAAUGCUAACUUAAUAAAUAAUAUAAAUUUCACAUUCUAAAUAAGUUAAAUAGUUUGAUCCUAGUAGUGAAAAAAAAUAAAUAACUGAGACUGAGGAAUAUUAUGGUUAAAUAAUUAAGGAAUUAUAAGAGAAAAUUGAAUAAUUAAGGAUAAUAAUUAUUGAGAAAGAUGAUUAAUUGAAUUAAGGUUAAAAUUAAAAUUUAUUAAUUGAAAUGGAAACAUUAUAAGUUUAAUUGAUAUAAUAUAAAAUUGAAAUUGAAGGAUAUAAAACCAGAAUGCAAUAUAUUUAGAAUGAAUUAUCAGAAAAAGAUCAUUUGAUAGAAGACUUAUAAAAUAUAAUAAAAGAUUUAACAAAAAAAGUUGAAAAUAUGUAGAAAAAUGAUCAUUAAAAUACAACAUAAGAAAUUAAUAACAAUAAAAAUAAUAAUAACUCUAUUAAUCAAAAUUAAAAUUAAAAAAAUCCUGGAGAAGCUACAAAAAAUGCAACAGAUGCUUUUCCGAUAAAUUAGGAUAUUGUUGAUGAAGAAGAUUCUGUUCCAGAAGAAUAGAAAAAGAAAAAGAAACAUGUCUUAGAAGGUGCUAAAAAAUUAAUUGAUGAAAAUACAACAAAAGAUCUACAAAAAAUAAUAGAUAAUUUAUAAGCUGAAAAUAAAAGACUUUAAUAAGAAUUGAGUGAAGCUAUGGUAAAAUUAAAUGAAUAAGAUGAAAUUUUAAAUGAAUAAGAUUAAUAACUAAUUGUACUAGAAUUAAGAGAAAAAGAAAUUAGAUAAUUAAAAGAUUAAUUAAAUAGAUACUUAAAAUUAGAAUAAGAAAAAAAUUAGUUAGAAAAAAAAAUAAGUGAGUUAGAAGAGAAAAUUUAAGAUCUUAUGACUGAAAUUGAAAAUUACGAUUCUGAUAAUAAAUUAAAUCAACAAAAUUAAUAAAAAAAGGAAGCCGAGUAUUAGAAAGCACUUUAAAAAUAAAAAGAUGAAAUAUUAGCUAAUUAAAAGAAGAUAGAAUAAAUUAACAAAAAUAUGUAAGAGGAAUCUAACUUUUUUGAAGAUUAAAUGAAACAUCUUGAAGAUGCUCUCAAAGUAAAAGAUUAAGAAGUAAAAAAACUUCAAGAAUAAAAUAAAGAAAUGACUAGAGCCUUAGAAAAGAAUACUCAUUAAAAAGAUUAAAUUGAAAAGAUUCAUUAAGAAGCCAAUUCUUAAAAUUAACUAUUAGAAGAACAUGAAUAAAAAAUCUUAUAAUAAGAGUAUGAUAUUAAGAAUAAAGAAUAAGAAAUCAAAAAAUUAAAAGAAAAAAUUAGAGAUUUGUAAUUAAACUAAUUAAAAUUGAAAGAUUAUGAAGAAAGCAUUAAUGUUCUAAAAGAAGAAAUUGAGAGACUUAAUUCUAUAGAUAAGUAGUAAUCGGAGAAUAUUUAUAAAUUAGAAUAGAACAAUAAAACUAAAGAAUAUUAAUUAACAAAAUAUUAAGAAUAAACUAAAGAAAUGACAAAUAGAGUUAAGGAAAUAAAUGAGGAAAAAAUAAAUGAAGUGAGAAAAUGUGUAAUUUAAAAUGAAGAGUUGUAAGAGUAAAUUAGAAUUUUUUAAAUUGAAAUUAAAAAGUUAUAAAGCAAUAUUUAAGGAAAUUAAAAAACUCCAGAAAGAACAACAAAAUUAUAAUAAGAAUUAGAUAAUUUAUAUGAUAAAUUAAAUUAGUAGGUAGGAGAAAACGAGGAUCUUAAAAUUUAAAUUCUAAAUCUUUAAACAUAAAUCAAGUUUAAAGAUUAAGAAAUAAAAAAAUUAACUGAAAAAUUAUUAGAGAAUUAAUAAAAUAUAAAUAGAGAAAAUGAUUUAACAAAAGAAAUUCAAGAUUUGAAUUAAUAAAUUAGUAAACAUGAAUAAAAUAGUAAGAAUUUUUAAGAUUAAAUUAAUAAAUUAGACAAUUAAGCAAAAUAACUAAGUUAACAAUUAAAAAAAAGUGAACUUGAAAAAUAAAGUUUAAAAGAUAAUGUUACGAAAUUGGAAAACUAAAUUGAUGAAUUAGAAACAUAAAAAAUAGGAGACCUUCAAUAAUAAGAUAAAUAAAAUAAAGAAACAAUAAAAAAACUAGAAAAUCAAUUAAAAUAAAAGGAACAUGAAUUAAAAAAGUUGUAAGAUGAAAAUAGGUUAUAACAAGAAAAGAUUUAGAGUUUGGAAAAAAUGAUAGAAUAAGUUAAUGAUUAAUUCCAAACAUCUUAACAAUAAUUAAAUGAAGCUUAAAUGAAAUUUUCAUUAACUAUAAGAGAAAAAGAAUUUGAAAUCAACAAAUUAAAAUAAUAAUUAGGAAAUUAAAAAUCAUAGGAACUUUAAUCAGAGAAUGAUUAACUUCAUGAUUAAAUAAAUGAGAAAGAAACAGAAUUAAAAAAAGCAAGAGAAGAUAUAUUAGAUUUCCAAUAAAAAAUUAGAAAUUAUGAAUUAGAUUUCAAAAAAUACUAAGAAACAAUCAAAGAGUAUUAAAAAAAGCAAGAAAGAUUAUCUCAACUUGAAAUUUUAAUUAGUGAACUUAAAAUAAAAGAUGAAACUAGUUAAGUUAAAAUAGAUGAUUUAAAUUCAACUAUAAAUAAUUUAAAUGCUAUUAUAUUAUCAAAAGAUUAAACAAUUAAGAAAUUAUAAGAAUAACAAAGGGAAAAUGUAAAAAAAGCUGAUUAAUUAAUUACUGUAUAAAAAAAAUUGAUUGAAACCGAGUAGUAGUUACAUGAAAAUUUGGAAACAGAAAAAAUAAAUGAAGAAAAAAUUAAAUCUUUAGAGUAAUAAAUUUCUUUAAAGGAUUAAGAAUUGAAAAAGUUGAAAGAUUAAUUAAAAGAUAUUUAAAGAGAUAAUGAAAAACUUUAAGUUAAAUUAACAGAAAAAGAAGAAUUGGAAUAAAAAUUAAUAGAACAAUCAAAUAAAUGUGAAGAUUUAGAAAUUCAAAUUGAAGAAUUAAAGAAAGAAAUCAAAAAAAAAACUUAAGAAUGUUAAAUUUUAGAAGAAAAAGCCCAACUAUUGAAAAAAUUAGAAGAAAAAUAUAAAAAAUAGUAAAAUAAUAUUGAGGAACAGAAAUAAAAUUAAGAAUUACUUGAAAAUAAAAUAAAGACAUUGGAAGAGUAAAUUUAAAUAGAUGAAGAUGAAAAAUUAAGUUUAGAAAAAAAAGUUGAAUUUUUGAAGAAAAAGCUAGAAGAAGAAAAGAAAUAAUUUGAAAAUAAAUUAAAUUAAUAAGCAAAGCUUAAAGAUGAAAUAAUUACAAAACUAAAAGAGAAAAUUGAAGAAUUAUAAAAAUUAGAAUCUUAACAUUUUGAAUUUUCUUAAGAAAUUGAAGAUUUAAAAGAAGAAUAAAAGUAAAGGAAAUCUAUUGAAGCGAAACUUUAAUCAGAAAAUAAUAAUCAUCUAAAAUAAAUUAAAUUACUUGAAUAACAAUUAAAAUAAUUAAAUGAAAAGUUUUAAUUAGAAGAAGAAUCUAAUAAAACAUUAUAAAAUGAAAUUGAAUAAACUAAUUUAAACAUAAACAUUUAGGAUGAGAUCAUUUAAAAACUUUAAGAAUAGAUUAAAAAAUUAGAGACUUCUCUAAAAGAAAAAAAAGAAGAGAUUAAAAAGUUUAAAUAAGAUAUAUCAGAAAGAACAAGCUAAAUAUCAUAGAUGGAUAUGAUUGAUAGAGAAAAAGAGGAAUUAAAUGAUUAAAUUAGAUUAAAAGAAAAAGCAGAAGAAUAAUUAAAACAAACAAUUAAUACACUUUAGUAAUAAAUAUCUAAAUUGACUUAAUAAGUGAAACUAUUAACAUAAGAGAAAAUUGAUCUUUAGCAAUAAAUUGAUUACUUAAUUGAUAUAGAAAAUUAAAUUAAACUUAAGGACAUAGAAAUUUAAAGAUUAGUUUAAAUUGAAAAUGAUUAUAAUAAAUAAAAAGAGAAAGUAAAAACUUUGGAUAAAAUUAUAAAUGAUUAAAAUCAAAAAAUUAAAAUAUUUUAAGAAUAUGAAAAAUAAACAAUAGCAUAAAUAAAAAAUAUCGAAUAAGAUUUAAAUGAGAAAUAGGAAAAAAAUCAAAAUUUAGAAUAAGAAAUAUUAAAAUUAAAAUAAUAAAUAGAUGAUUAUUAAAAUUAAAUAGCAAAAAUUUCUAAAGAAAAAGAAAGUGUUAAUUAAAAAGUUAAAUCAUCUGAAAUAAAUUAACAGAAGAGGAUGGAUAAAUUAGAGGAGGAAAAGAAAGAAUUAUUAAAUGAUUUACAAUCAUUAAAUUCUUAAAUAGAAGAUUAAUAAAAUCAAAUUAAAGAUCUAUAAAGUAGUUACAAUGAAUUAAAGAAAGUGGAAAAAGUAAAAGAAGAAAUUAAAAGAACAAAUGAUAUUUCUGAAAAGAAAUACAAAGAGUCAAUUAAGGAAUUGGAGUAAGAAGUUUCAAGACUUAAAGAAGAAAUAAUUAAGCAAGAACAUAAUAAUUCAAAAGAAAUUGAAUAAUAAAUUGAUUAAACAUAAAAGUUAAAACAAGAAAUUAAAUAACUAGAAUAAACUAUUAAAAAUUUAUAAAAUAAAGAAAAGAAGUUAAAAUAGUUUGAAAAGGAAGUUGAAAAGUUAACCGAAGAAGAUCAUAAUAAAACACAACAAAUAAAAUAAUUGGAAGAAUAACUUAAAAAGAUUUAAGAAUAAAACUAAAAGGAUAGCAUUGAUAAAUAGUAAAAAACUUAAAAAGAAGUUGAGCUAAAUUAGAUAAUUAAAAAAUAAGAAAUAGAAAUCUAGAAAAAGGAGGAAUAAAUUAAGAAAUUACAGGAGGAUAUUUUUAAAAUAGAGAAAAAUAAUAAGGAGAAUGAAUAUAUAGAUUAAAUAAAAGUACUUAAACAAGAAAUAGACUAAAAAAAUGAACAAAUUUCUAAGUUAUAGGAUCAGAUUCAAAAACUACAAAAAGAGAUAAAUACUUAAAAAUAAUAAAGAGAUGAAAAAUAUAAUAAAAUUGAAUUAGAUUUGAAAAAGAAGGAAGAAGAAAUUAUAAAAUUAAAAGAAAAAAUUGAGAAAGAUUAGAAAGAAAAUAAUGAAUUAAAGUAAAAUGAAAAAAAUUAAAGUGAAAUAAUAAAAAAGUAACAAGAAGAUAUAAAAAAAAAGGAAGAGGAAAAUAAAAAACUUAAAGAAAAAUUUUAAAUUGAUUAGAAAGAAAAUAAUGAAUUAAAGUAAAACGAAAAAAAUUAGAGUGAAAUAAUAAAAAAACAACAAGAAGAUAUAAAAAAAAAGGAAGAGGAAAAUAAAAAACUAAAGGAAAAAAUUGAAAAAGAUUAGAAAGAAAAUAAUGAAUAAAAGUAAAAUGAAAAAAAUUAGAGUGAAAUAAUAAAAAAGUAACAAGAAGAUAUAAAAAAAAAGGAAGAGGAAAAUAAAAAACUAAAGGAAAAAAUUGAAAAAGAUUAGAAAGAAAAUAAUGAAUAAAAGUAAAAUGAAAAAAAUUAGAGUGAAAUAAUAAAAAAAUAACAAGAAGAUAUAAAAAAAAAGGAAGAAGAAAAUAAGAAAUUAAAAGAAUAAAUAAAUGAAAAUAAUAAAUUUAAAGAUUAGAUACCUAAAUUAGAAAAAGAGAAAUCUCUGCUUGAUGAUAAGAUAAAAAAAUAGGAAGAUAAGAUAAAAGAACUUCAAAAAUAAAUUGAUGAUUAAAAACAAAAGACUCCAACUAAAAAUAAAGAAGAUUCUUAAUAGAAUGAUAAAAAAGGUUAAUCUGAUAAAAAACCAGGUUAGUAAUCUGAUGAUAAAUAAAAAGAUUAAUUGAACAAAUUAUAAAAGUAAAUAGAAGAACUUAAAAUACAUAUAAUUUAUUUGGAAAGUUUAUUGAAACAAUAUGGUUAUGAUCCAAAUAAAUUAAAACCUGGAAAAUCAGAUAUUGAUUCAAAAAAUUAAAUAAUAAAUAAAGAUCAUAAAGAUAAUUAUCCUGAUUUGUAAUAAGUCAAUGUUGUUAAUGUAAUUUAUUAUAUUAUUUUAUUAGAUAAGAAGAUUGAUGGCAGAGUAUAAAUAUGAGAAAGAUAGAUAUGAAAAUAAAGUAGUUUAAUACACUGAUGAACUUAUAAAAUAAAAUAAUUUGGAAAAAGAUGCUGAAGAAAAAAUAAAAGGGCUUGAAGAUGAUGAAUUUAUAUACAAUGAUCCAAAUUAUAAAGAGCCAGAAAUUUAUGUAAUAAAAAAUGAUUGAGAAUCGGAUAAGGAU